CCCGCCCCGGCCCUGUAUCUGCACGGUGCGCCACCCCGAAACCCCUGUUCAGACUUCAACUGCUACCACGGCCCUAGACAAGCCUCGGAUCUAGCAAACACGGAAAAAGCCCAGGCAUCGUCUUCUCAACCUAUAUCCCGCGAUGGGCCAAGGGUUUGGAUAAAUACAUCCAAUUGCUAUUUCACACCGACACGCCCCCUUGAACGGCUUCAUCGGAUGACUCGAGUCUGUUGAUCCAAGGAUUCACCAUUCACCACACUGCGCCCGCUCGCAGCUUCCGGCAUUUAACCUCUUCGCCGCGGCGGAUUGAUUCGUUUGCCCUGGUCAUUCGUCUGCCUUCCUCGUUCUGCCUUCUAGUACUAUUGCUCUGGACUCCUCUCCUAGCACAUGGCUCAGGUGACGGCCGAAGAGGACGGACUGACCACCUUGGCGCGCCGCCACCCUCUUUCGAAUCUGCAGACGCGAUAGACAACCUCGCGGCAGGCUACUUACUGACUUCUGAAGAUGGACGCUCGCGGGACCGGACAUGGCGACGGCGGCGGCCUCGACCUGCUGGUGGCGUACCUACAGCAACCGCUCGCCUUGGCCGCUGUUGUCACGAUAGCCGUCGUCAUACUCUCCACCGGGCUGUUGUCGGGCGGCCCGUCCGUAGCCACCGGGGAUGGAAACAAGAAGCUGCCCCCAAAGGUGUCUUUCUGGCUUCCCGUCCUUGGUCACGCGCCGCAGAUGCUGCUCGGCGGCGACGCCUUUCUCGCCAAGCUACGCAGCCGCUACUAUGCCGACGGCGUCUUCUCGCUGCGCAUCCUGGGCCGCUUCCACCACUUCGUCUUCCGCCCGGAAAUGGCAAACACCCUGCUGAACCGGCCUCUGUCGAUAGCGCAGGACCCGUCCAGCAACAUCCUGGUGUCCAUGCUCGGCAUGACCCAGGAGGAAGAGGCCGUGUACUCGAGUCUGGCCGACGAGGCCAGGGCCUCGCUCAAGCACCUGCUCCAGGACCCCGGGCUGGGCGAGCUCGUCAGCCGCACCGUCGUCUACAUCAAGGAAAACAUUGCCGACCUGGUCACGUUCAACUCGUACCCGGCUGACCAGAUGACGUGGGAGCGCCUCGCCGGCGCCGAGGUCGUCGAGAACCCGCGCGGCGAGAGCUACGUCGAGGCAGACCUCAUGCUGCUGACCAAGAACUUCAUCGCCAUGACCGCCAACGUCGCCCUCUACGGCACCGACUUUGUGGAGAACUUCCCCGACAUCUGGCAGUCCAUGUGGGACUUUGACAGCGCCUUCGUGCUCAUGGCCGCCCGGGUCCCCAAUUGGGUCCCCUGGCCGCGGCUGCAGCGCGCCAAGAUCGCACAGAGGAAGCUGCUCGCCUGCACGCGCGAGUUUGGCGAGGCGCUCGACAGGCACGUCGGGGGCGAGGAGCCGGGCUUGAAGUGGCAGGACCUUGACAACGUGAGCAGAGUGGUCAAGGCGCGGCACGACACGUAUCGACGACACGGCCUAUCGCUGCGCGCCCGCGCCUGUUGCGACCUGGGCUUCCUGUGGGCCAUGAACACCAACGCAAACGCGCUCGUGCCGUGGGUGCUGUUCGAGCUGUACCGGGACCCCGUGCUGCUGGAGCAGGUCCGGGAGGAGAUUGCGCCGUACGUCCGGGUGGUGCAGCCCGCCAACGACUUUGGUGACGCCGUGUGGGUGCCGGCGGAGCUCGAGUCGCUGGACCUCGACGGCCUGCUCAACAAGUGUCCGCUGCUCCUCGCGGCGUACCUCGAGACCCUGCGGGUGUACACGGGGCCGCUGAACCUGAGGUGGCUGGCCGAAGACGUCGUGGUGGACGACAAAGGCCACGGACAGUCGUUUGUGCUGCGCAAGGGCGGCUACGUGCACGUCUCACAGGAGAUGCACCAGCGGGACCCAGCCUUCUUCCCCGACCCGCACGAGUGGCACCACGAGAGGCAUCUGAAGGAAACGGUGGACGAGGCCGGGACGAAGACGGUCGUGGCCGAGAUGGGAACCAUGCGGCCGUUUGGCGCCGGGCCGAGACUUUGCAAGGGCAGGGCCUUUGCGCUGCGGGAGAUUAUGCUCUACUCGUCCAUCAUCGUCUCGUUUUACGACAUGGAGCCGCCUCAUGGGCAGAGCUGGGAGCUACCCAAGACGUACAAGGUGACGGCGACGAGGCACCCGAAGACGCCGGUCAAUGUAUGGAUCAAGCGCAGGUCGCAGCCGGGGAAGCGGGAGAACGGGCACGCCGCGGGGUAGUGUGCAUCAUGGACGCCGACGUACGGUUGGCGCAGGUCGACGCAGGUCGACACUUGAACGUAAUGGAUGAUGGAUGCCGAGGCAGGCAAGAAAGUGUUCACGACGUUAUGAUACGGAUGAGCUGCCGUCGUUCAUGGGCAGCCACACCAGUCAGGUUGCCCUGGGCUGGGCUGGCAAGGGGGCGGGGGGGUUAUUCUACAGGAGCGGGUGUCUAGACAAAGCCGUGACGACGAUUGAUACCAUACUGCCGCAUGGCAUCUGAUUCGAAAUUAAUUCAUGGAGACCGCGACACCUUGACAGAUGCGUGAGUCUUCCCAAGGUGUGGUUCUGACGCCAUUGGCCCCCCGUCUUGGCUCAGCGGCUCCAGCUGGGCCCGUCUCCACCUCCACGUC